AAACCUAUUUCUUCAUUUUUCAGAUUAUUUGCCAAGUGUCUUGGCCCAUGAUACUCUUCAAUAUCAGAGAAGAAACUAUGUGUGAUAUUCCAGGGUUGGAACUCUUUCUUGUAGAGGGCAUUGUGCUUAUCCUGAAGACAGCUUAAGCUUCAGGUUGACUUGAGGAAAUGCUUCCAUGUCAGUCAUGGAGGUCAACAUUGAACCAGUCCCAGGCACCUUCAGACCCAUACGCCUCAAAGCAGAUAGACACAAUCGAUGCUGUGGUCAAAGAUUCUGGUGCAUCAAAGACAUCUUCGGUUUAAUAUGUGCAAUAAUGACCUGGUCACUUCUGCUCUAUGCAGAAUUUGUGGUAGUUUAUGUCAUUUUACAAUUUGAUGGCAUCUUCACCUGGUAUAAUGCCAUCAACAUGGUCAUCUUUCAACUUCUUGCAUUUUUGGCUGUAUCAUCACACAUUCGGACAAUGCUUUCUGAUCCUGGUGCAGUUCCCCGUGGAAAUGCAACUAGGGAGAACAUCCAAAGGAUGGGAUUGAGAGAGGGCUCAGUUACCUUCAAAUGUCCAAAAUGCUGUUGCAUUAAGCCUGAGAGGGCUCAUCAUUGCUCUGUUUGCCAGAGGUGUAUCAGAAAAAUGGAUCAUCAUUGCCCAUGGGUUAACAACUGUGUUGGAGAGAACAAUCAGAAGUUCUUUGUGCUCUUCACGUUCUACAUAGCUGUGAUAUCGAUACAUGCUCUAUUCCUGGCUAUCAAUCACUUCCUGUUGUGCAUCCAUACGGAAUGGAAGGAAUGUUCAUUGUACACACCACCAUCCACCGUUGUCCUGUUGUUAUUCCUGGUGUUUGAGGCUGUCCUAUUUGCCAUUUUCACUGCUGUCAUGUUUGGCUCUCAAAUCGUUGCCAUCUGGAAUGAUGAGACUGGUAUUGAGUCUUUGAAGAAAGAAGAAGCUAGGUGGGUUCGAAAGUCCAAAUGGAAGAGUGUUGAGGCUGUGUUUGGUCGGUUUGGGGUGCAAUGGUUCUCUCCAUUUACCCCUCCUCCACUACCAUGCAAAGAUGAGCCAUACAUGUACUCUGUGUAAUAUUCCUCCCAGAAGCUACAGUAGUCAUGUUUCAAUUGAAAUCACUGCAUGAAUUGCACUUUUCCUGUAAUUGACUUAGUGACUGACAUGUGACACUAUUUGAAUAUCAUAAUGUUUAUAUGCACCUUUACAUCAAAUCUAGUUCACCAUGUUUAAUUGAAUAAAUGC